AUGGUCUCAAACUCGAACUUUGACGAGGAUCAAUGGGUUAUUCAAAUUCGUCGAACCCUAGACGAAGAGCUCGAAGACGGCACUGAAAUCCCUGUCAGCAUCUUCAAUGUCCCCAAAACCCUAAUGGUUUGUGAUCCGGAUUGUUACAUUCCACAAGAAGUAGCAUUAGGUCCUUACCAUUACUGGCGUCCUGAGUUGUAUGAGAUGCAAAGAUACAAGCUUGUUGCAGCUAAAACAACACAAAGGCAACUUCAAAACAUCAAGUUUCACCACCUAGUCGACCAACUAAUGACGUCCGAGGCAAUGAUUCGAGCUUCAUACCAUAAGUACCUGGAUAUCAAUGGUGAAACCUUGGCAUGGAUGAUGGCCGUUGACGCAUCAUUCUUGCUUGAGUUCCUUCAAAUCUAUACUAUCAAGGAAGGUAAAGCGUGCAUGAGGAAAUCAGCACAUAAUGCCAUUCUUAGAGAUAUGGUGAUGCUUGAGAAUCAAAUCCCACUAUUUCUGCUAAGGACGAUGUUGGAAUUUCAAUGUUCGUCAUUAGACUUGGCUGAUCAAUUGUUGCUCUCCAUGUUAAUGGGGUUCUGUAAAGAGCUUUCUCCGUUUAAGAUGAUUAAACAAUUGCCUAAUUUUGAUCAAGUUACGAAUUGUGCACACUUGCCAGACCUUCUAUACCGUGUGAUCUUGCCAAAAUGGGAACAAGAAUUCGAUGUUAACACUGAUGAAGUUGAUGAUCAAACUGAAGUUAAAGAGAGCAACGAAAGAUCCUUUGGGAAGUCAGUUUAUGUCAGACAACUUCUCGAUGCGGUUUGGAAGCUCCUUUCGAAGCUAAACACUGGGCCGAUACCUUUUCUCAAAAGGGUAUUAUUUUCAAAACCUGCGAAAGUCAUAUCGAAGUUGCCCUUGAAUAUCAUCUCUGAGCUUCCUGGAUUCUUAUUCUCCCCCAAGGACCAAGAAGACAACCCCGAAGAUCAAAAUUCUUUGAACAGCACCAUUAACAAACCUCUACUAGUGGAGGAAAUCUCAAUCCCUUCUGUUACUGAACUCUCGAAAGUCGGUGUAUCUUUCAUACCCAGUAGUAAUGACAACAUCUGCUCCAUUAGUUUCGAUGUUAAAACAGCUACAUUGUAUCUCCCUACUGUUAGUCUAGAGCUAAAUACAGAAGUGGUCUUGAGAAACCUAGUAGCAUAUGAGGCAUGCAAUGCAUCCGGGCCAUUGGUUUUUUCUCGUUACACUGAAUUGAUGAAUGGGAUUAUCGAUACCGAAGAGGAUGUGAGAUUACUUAGGGAAAAAGGGAUUAUUUUGAACCGUUUGAAGAGUGAUAAAGAGGUGGCCAACCUAUGGAAUGGGAUGAACAAGUCUGUUAGGUUGACUAAAGUGCCCUUCUUAGACAAAGUGAUUGAAGACACCAACAAGUAUUACAAUGGGAAGUGGAAGGUUAAGGUGGGAAAGUUCAUGAAGCUUUACGUGUUUGGCUCAUGGCAGUGUCUUUCAUUUUUGGCAUCUAUUUUGCUCUUGUUGUUGACCACUUUCCAAGCCUUUUGCUCAGUGUACAACUGUUCUCGUUUAUUUCAUGUCAAGAGCAUUUUGUGA